AACAAUAACAAAUCCUCUAUAGAAUCACUCCUUCAAAAGAGAACCUUUUCAGAAACAUCAACAAUAAACAAAUCCUCUUCAUUUAAUCUAUCCCAGUUUAAUCAAAACAACCAACAGUCCGGAAUGGUUAGAGACUUCUCAUCUGCCAGUAUAGCCACUCAGAGAUUCGAAGCCGACGAGUUUCUCAUAUCUAAAUUUUCUAAUAUUAAACUAAUUGGACAUGGUGAAUUUUCAAAUGUUUAUGAAGUGGAGUUUCAAAAAAAAAAAUACGCGAUAAAAAAAAUCACAAAAAAACUAAACUACUAUAAUGAUAAAGAGAAAAUCAUAGACACGUCGGAGAACAGCGAUAGCAUAUCUACGUAUUUGAAUAUAAGCUCAAAAGAAAAGUACUGCAUUAACGAAGAAAUUGAAAUUUUAAAUCAAGUUAAAAAGAAAAAAAACCUAAUUCCUGGCAGUGAAAAUAUUAUUAACUAUAUUGAUUUUUUCAGUACAAAUGUCCACAAUCAAACAGAGGAUUACAUCAUCACCGAUUUUUACGAUAACGGAUCAUUAGAUAAAUUUUUAAUUUCAAAUGGAUCAAGAGACGGUUUGGAAGAGUUUCGGAUUUGGAAAAUAUUCAUCGAGUUGACAAUGGGGUUAUACUAUUUGCAUUCAAAUGAUAUAAUUCAUCUAGACUUGAAACCUGCAAACAUAUUCAUAUCGAUUACUGGGAAAUUGAAAAUUGGAGAUUUUGGUCUAUCCACCAAAUUACCAUUAAAGAAUUUUAAAUAUUGUGAAAGAGAAGGGGACCGAGAAUAUAUUGCACCCGAAAUUCUAUUGAGAUCCGAAUAUAGCAAAGCAGCAGAUAUCUUUUCAUUGGGAUUGAUUAUAUUUGAAAUUGCAGCUAAUAUCUAUUUGCCAGAUAAUGGUCCAAGUUGGCAAAAGUUGCGAUCUGGCGAUUUAUCAGAUGUGGGUAAAUUGGGUAUCAUUGAUGAAGUAAAUCAAAGAGAAAAUGAGAAUAAACUGAGUUAUAUCUGUCACAAGAAUAUUGAAAACGAUGGCAGUUAUGAAGAAGAAACGAAUAGUGACAAUAAUGGUGACUUUGCCUAUUCUAUCAAUGAAAAUGACAAGUACUUUCCUACGUUUGUUAAAGAUGGAAAAACGUUAGACUUGCUAGUUCAUUGGAUGAUUGAGCCCAAUUCAAGUAAUCGACCUAGCUGUAAAGAGUUGAUCAGGCUUUAUGAGUUCCAAAUGGUUGAGGCCAGAAGAAAAUAUGAUGCGACAGUUUAUGAAGGAGAAUAUGGGCCAUUAGCUUGUGAAAAGGAUUUGAGUUCAUUAGAGGGAAAAUUCCCAAAAAUUAGUGAUUGUUAUGAAAUUGAAAAAUUUAAAAAAUAAUAAUACAAAAAAAA